UGACGUCCCUGAGUUUCUGAGUUGCAGUACCACUCCUGCCGCAGGAGGUGUCAGUAGUGAGCAAAGCAGUGCGGAUGUACCGUCAGCUAAAAGUGAAGACAAAGAAGAGUAAACACCAACAGUGCAGCGCUUGCAAAGAUUAUUUUCUGACCCAGAUAAAAUAAAAAACAGCGCAGCAGCAGUAACAAGGCUCUGAAAAUGGACACAAGAGCCUUGAAGAAUCCCUACCCCGACUAUGAUGGGAGCCUCGCAUCCACACAGGCGUUUUUUGACUUUCAGGGAAAGCUCACACCAGAGUUUGCCCAGCGGCUGAGCAGCAAGAUCAGCGAGCUGUUAGGUGUCAUGGAGAAUGGGCUUAGGUCUGCUGAUCCCAGAGACUGCACUGCUUACACUGGCUGGGCAGGCAUCGCCCUGCUCUAUCUGCACCUCCAUGAUGUGUUCAGGGAGCCCUCGUUCCUUCACAAAGCUCUCGAGCAUGUCACCCAGAGCCUCAAGUGCCUGACCCGGCGCCAUGACGUCACCUUCCUGUGUGGGGAUGCGGGGCCGCUGGCCGUGGCUGCUGUCGUCUUCUAUCGCCUUCAGAGAGUGCAAGAGAGCGACGAGUGCAUCAACAGGCUGAUGCAGUACCACCAGACGGUGGUGAAGGGUUCGGGCGGGCUGCCAGACGAGCUGCUGUACGGGCGGGUGGGCUACCUCUACUCACUGGUCUUCAUCAACCAGCAGCUUGGAAAAGACAGGAUUCCAGAUGGAUACAUCCAACAGAUCACCCAGGCUGUGCUGGAAUCGGGUGAGCACCUCAGUAGGAAGUUCCGGGUCCAGAACCAGAGCCCCCUGAUGUACGAGUGGUACCAGGAGCAGUAUGUGGGGGCCGCCCACGGCCUGGCUGGCAUCUACUACUUCCUCAUGCAGCCUGGCUUUGUGUUCUCGGAGGAGCUCGUGCACAGGCUGGUGAAACCCAGCGUCGACCACGUCUGCCGUCUUAAGUUCCCCUCGGGAAACUACCCUCCCUGCAUGGGGGACGAUCGAGACCUGCUGGUGCACUGGUGCCAUGGAUCUCCGGGGGUCGUGUACAUGCUCCUGCAGGCCUACAAGGCUUUCAGAGUUCCUCAGUACCUGGGCGACGCUCUGCAGUGCGGGGAGGUGGUGUGGUGGUACGGCCUGCUGAAAAAGGGCUACGGCCUGUGCCACGGCGCGGCUGGUAACGCCUACACUUUCUUGGCGUUGUACCGGCAUACGCAGGAUCCGAAGCACCUGUACAGAGCCUGCAUGUUUGCAGACUGGUGUAUGAACUACGGCAAACAUGGAUGUCGGACACCAGACACUCCCUUCUCUCUCUUUGAAGGCAUGGCAGGAACCAUCUACUUCCUGGCUGACCUUCUGCAUCCAAUGAGCGCCCGCUUCCCGGCCUUUGAGGUGUAGAAAGUGUCUGCGGGUAAUGAUCCCAGACCCACACUGGAAAUCAUUGAAUAAGAAGACCCACACCGCUCUGCUCUUUGUCACACAUGGGCACCGCAGUCAUGACGGCUGGCUUUUAAUUCAACAUUCAGACAUUGUGCCAUGUUUUUCCUGCUUUUCCCACCUGGAAACGUCAUGUGUUAUUAACAAUACAUUUCCUGUAAUGUUUUGGAAACGUGUCAAGGUUGUGAGCUUCCCUAGCAUGCCCCAGCAACUCCUGCUCUGUGAACUAAAAGGAAGGGAACUAAUUUUAAAAUGAAAACAUGGGAAAGCUGACUGUAAUUUUUUUUUAGCACUUAGCUGUAUAUAUCUGUCUGCUCUCUGUAAGUUUAAAUGCUUUUGUUUUCUAUUGUCUUACUUGUUUUGGGUGUAGAAAUGUCUGGUGCAAUGCUCCGUUGCGUUGCACCAGACGUAACGCAGCUGCCUAGUUUGUCGAUGUUGUGCAGCGGUGAAGAAAAAGCACAGAGGGGCAGCAGAGAGCCACAAAGUUCACUCAGUGGUGACUUCAUUAGCAGUGUAUUUAUAUCUCAUCAGAUGGUUUUUUUUUUUUU